UCUUUAUUUAUUAUUUAAUAGGACCUGUAUAAUCUUGGUCUCCGGAAGGUGGUAGUGUCCGGACUCCCUCCGAUCGGUUGUCUACCGCUAGAAAUGAUUAAAAAGUUUGGUGGGGCGUGCAUGGAGAACGAGAACUCAAAUGCUGAAGCUUUCAAUGCAAAGCUUCAAAAGUAUCUGCCUGGCCUUCAGGCCAUGCUACCAGAGAGCAACUUUCUUUAUGCUAACAUAUAUGACCCUUUACAAGACAUGAUGAAUAAUCCACAAAAAUAUGAUUUUGUGGAUACAAAAAAAGGGUGUUGCGGUUAUAUACCUUUCCAGAUAAAAUAUGCUCGGAAUCAUGUUAUUUCACAAGUCUGCAGAAAUUCUUCACAAUAUUUAUUUUGGGAUGGUGUUCAUCCCACAGAAGCAGCAUACCAAUAUAUCUCUGCAGGCGUCGAAAACGAUAUUCUCUCCAAGUUCAUCAACAUCCCCUCCAAUCUGUGAUUCACUAUAUCUCUUCUUAGGACUGUACUAAUCACAAUUUAGUCUAUUCAAUUCAUUUUCUAGCCUUCUCAUUCUAUUCAUUUUAGAAAACCAUCAAUUUUCCUUUUUUUUAAACCAUCUAGUACUAUCGAACAUUAAGAUUAGUCGUCCAGUUUGUGAUUUUGAUCAUGAGAACAUUAUGUAAACAUUAUGGUAUUGGAGUUAGGAGUUUUGUAUGAAUCAUCAAACCACGCAGAAGCCGAAAUGUACAGGAUGUUAUACUCUUUGGAACAACAAAUUUAGCACAAGAAUGGUGAUAAGGGACUGCAAAGGUGAUCUGAAGCUAGCAUGUUGUUCGGGAUGGAAUUACUAUGGCAUUAGACGAAAAUUUAACUCCUUCUGUAAUCAAAUAAGAUGCGAAGGUAGUAAUGGAUAUCUUCAACAACAAAUGCUUGUCGUUUAAUGACAUUGGAUUGAUAGCUCAAGAUCGUUUAAACCUGAAUAUGAACUCUCAUUGUAUUGGUACUAAGUUUGCUGAUAGAAGUACUCAUAAAGUUGCUCAUUAUAUAGCAAAGUAAAUGAUUCUUGUUGUAGUCUGCAAUAAAAGGGAACGCCCCUUCUGAUAUUAUUC